GAGCUGGAACAUCCAAACCAGAAGCCUGCCCCCGACCAACCAUUUCCUCUGCCUUUGGCUCGCGAGAAGUCUACGAUUCCUAAGGCUGGAACAAAUGAUACGUGGACAUACCCUAGUCCCCAAAUGUUUUGGAAUGCUAUGUUGAAAAAAGGAUGGCGUUGGCAGGACGACCAACUCACUGCAAAGGACAUGGAAAACAUCAUUCGAAUACAUAACGCCAACAAUGAAGAGGCAUGGCGAGAGGUGCUAAAAUGGGAGAAUCUCUUACAUCCUGAAUGUGCUGAGCCUAAGCUGAAGAGCUUCAAAGGAGAUGCAAAGAAAAUUUCACCUCGUGCUCGAUUCCGUAAAUUGUUCCUGGGUUACAAUCUCCCGUUUGACCGGCAUGACUGGAUAGUUGAUAGGUGUGGAGUUAAAGAGGUGCAGUAUGUCAUUGAUUACUACGAUGGCGGUUCUGUUGAUCCUCGUUCGAAGCUCUUCACGAUUUUGGAUGUGAGACCGGCGAUGAAUGAUCUUGGAAACAUUUGGGAUAGGAUGGUAGUCGCUUACUGGCGUUUCAAGUUUGACGUUUUGGGAAUGACACCAAAACUGCCUAUUCCACCAACUGAGGAUGAUGCUCAUGCUUAG